UUUAAUUAUUAUUAUAUUGAAUCAUUAUUUUAAGAUUUAUAAUAAGAAGAAAAAUCAAGUUUAUUGAUUAAAGAAUAUUAAAUAUGUGUAUAAAGUUAAAAUACUGUUGCUGGUGUAUACCUUUAAGGAUCGGAUUGCUAAUUUGGGCGUAUUUUUCAGUGAUAACAAUUUAUUUGAACAGCCUGAUUGGGCUUUACGAACUCCAAGAUUUAUUCUACGAUACAAAGCAGCCUCAUCCUGGAAAUUACAUUUACAAAAUAUUUAUUUUUCUUUCAAUAGUUAUAUACUUUAUCUUCCACGUAGUUCUGGUCGCUGGACUACAUAAGAACAGCCAUGGAUUAUUAAUGGUGCAUAAGGGUUUCUUAACGAUAUCACUGAUACUGGAAAGCAUAGCCGCCGCCUUGCUUAUACCUUUGGCUAUAUUCAGAAAAUACCACGAAUACUCACAGAUAGAUACCACUGUCCAAGUAUACCUUAAAUUGUUGAAACUACUGUUUUACGUUGUUUCUAUACUGACGAUUUUUUUUUUCAUCAAAGUCUACAUACUGUUAUGCGUACGGAGCAUGAUAUCAGCCCUAGGUUAUGAUGAGGACGGCUAUAAAUUGGAACAGCCCCCGGAAACUCCUAGCGUCAUUGUACUUAAUAAUAGAAAAAGCAGGAGGCCAGGUGACGAGAGUGACUCAUCACACAAUAUACCUCAAGAAAGUAAACGAGCAAAGGUGCGACGAGGACAGAGACACAGAACAGUAUAAGUGCUUAAUACAGAAGGUUCACUUUGUCCACGCCUUUAAUGAGAAAGCAAGUGUAACUAAGCUCUUAGUUCAUAUUUGCUUGCAGACACGUUGAGCCGCGCGAGUAAUAUUUACCUAGCCAACGACCGUGCGAGCCAAAUUCAACCUUAUUACCACAUCGAGCGAUUCAAAACACACAGGGAAUGUUAAGGGUUGAAUCGAGUGGGACGCUGCUGGCACCAUUGAACGCUUGCCGUUGCUCACCAACUGGAAGAAAGCAACGAAGAAUAAAAUUCUGUA